GCAGAUACCAGGCCUGGGACCGUGCUAUCAAUCGCUACAGGAACUUUGCAAAUGCCACUGACCAGGUUAAACCUUAUGGCAGCUCAACUGACCAGCAGAGACUUUACUCCGUACGACAACCACCGCAUGGUAUUGAAGUAGGUACAGGAUCUAGAGACCAGCCUAUAUCUUUUGUAUACACUGCAGUGCCGUCCAUGCACCAUGUAAGUGCCGAAAUCAAGCCAGCCCUUCUUCCGUGAGUUAGGCGCGUUCAUGAAAAGAUUGCCUCAAAAGGAGACAGGUCACAAUUUACUGACUUCUCUUGUGCCAUACAAGGUACAACCAUCGCUUGGACUCCCCAAUCAGAGAAAUCCGGAUGUUGUCCAAUCAUCUGAUAUUGUACCAUCGAGGCGAGCGCCAGUUCCUCAAGAUGGACACACCCCCUUCCGUCAAUAUGAUUUGGCUGAUGCGCCCAUUCUUAAUAACUCCCAAGGAUUUCAUGAUGGUAAUGAAUUCCAAGUCGGACACCAGCCCAGAAUACUGGCUCCUUCCCAUAACAAGAAUCGAGAUAUCCAGGAUCGUGUUUUACCAUCCAUUGAAAAUUCUUCAUCACAGAACCGCCCAGAUAGUGGCCUACGCGAAGGAAUUUCGCGAGGCCUGCCAAUUCGCUCAGUGACGCCACAGCGUCUUCCACGCCAGGACGGUUUUCAUGAUACUGGUGGGGACAAUUCCCAAUGUCCCAAGAGGCGGAUAGCCUAUUACGAACCUGUCAAUGGGGAUUCGCGGUCUGGGAUUGCACCUGGUGUUGUUGAAUCAGUCGUUUCAGAUGUUCUCAAAGACACUCCCACCGGAGCACGAUACGUCCCCUAUGAGAUUUCUCAUCCAGAAAAUCACUCUUCCCGGGCAGACUCUCAGCUACGUAGAAAAUUUGUUGCGCCAACCGGCUUCCCUUUUGCAGAACAUUGGUCACAGAAGCAUCGGGAUCCCCGUAUUCAUGCCGAACUUAGCUCUGAACUUGAAAGACAUGUUGAUGGACAAAGGGUCUAUCCUGCUCACAGUCGACCUGCCAAGGUGCCGACAGGAUCAUAUGCAUUUCCGUUGACUUCAGCCCAUGCCAUUGCCGUGGAUGAUGGUUCUAGGCAAUCAAUGCAGGUCUCUUUCGAUCCAAAGGCACCCCCCGUUUACCAUGGAGACCAGAACCAUAGUCGUUCAGGACCAAUUGAAUAUUCACAAACACAAGUGCCGACAUGGCAAAACAGAGAUGAUGAGCACUUUGCCAAUAUUUCUAAUAGGAGGCACCUUUAUGCUGAUGAUUUUGUCCGCCCCGUUGAUCUAUACGAACCGGAGCCCCUGGAAUACACUAUGCAACGCCCACGUGUUGCAGAAACUUCCUCUCAUUCAUCUAGGCUCCGAUUUUACGAUGGCAAGCAUAGAGAUGAGCUCAUUGAUGCUCGAACACCAGUGGCGUAUCAAGAUCGUCGACCGUUGGAUCGUCGCGCAGAGCUUCCCCAUGGGUAUGCAACCUUUGAAGACCCGCAUAGGCGACUAGGCAGCGACAGCAUAUUUGAAUCAUCAUCGGCUCCCGGUCUUUAUCAUGAACGGCGGUACGGAAGGUCUUUGGAUUUUGUACGGUAUGAUCACGACGCCAGGGCUCCGUUUCCUCAAAAGACAACCGACUUCCAGUUGCGUUCCUAUAUCUUCCUCUCUCAUCUCACAUUUAAUUAUCUUUUUCAAUUGUGACUAAUGAUAUUAUAGGCCUGUGCACAGCAAUGCCCAGAUCUGGGAACGUCCUACCUACGUGAGGAGAGUCGAACACCCGGAGCCACCCCAUCCCAUCCCGGACAACAGACCUAUCGUCAUCAUGGACUGAGGAUAUGGACCUUGUUGGAUAGUACUGGGAGUCAUCAUAUUGCUAUCUAUAUUUG